UAUUCGAAUAGUAGUUGUAAAAAUAAAGAGAAAUAGGAAAAAAAAAGUGAUUCCUCGCUAAUAAAAUAUAUCCUGGAUUACUUUCAACGGCGACCCCAUUUUUCACCCUGUCCGUGAGAUCGACGAGCUACUAUAGGUAGCCACAUGAUAAGCAAUGCAUCGAGUGACAUCUGUGUUCACGUGAAAAUGAUCAUCCAAUUCCUCCGCUUCGGUGACCGCAUCGUAUGUUGCCAUCUAUCGUCGUGUGCCCAAGCUUUGGUAGGAAGGUUGCCAUGGAAAUGAGCGACGCUUGACUUCUGAUGUCGGCCUCCUUCCUUUCCACAAAAGAAGGGUGUUUGGUUUUUCCCACAACUUUGUAAAUUGCAAUUCGAAUGAAAAAAACUGCAACAUGGCAUUAAUUCAUGAUGUUUUGACGGAGCUGGGUUGGGGUGAUGGAUUUCACGUGCCUGUUGCUAACGAGGAGAACAAAAGGCUCGAGGAAGAGAUCGACAGAAAGACAAAGUACAAAAGCUCGCUGAGCCUUGAGUUGGACUCCGUCACCCGGCGUAUCGAUACGAUAAAGAAGCACAUUGGAAAUGUCACCCUGGAACACGAGAACAACCAAAAAUUGCUCACCGCUCACUCCAUGCAGCUGGAUAGCGAGGAUCACUUGUUCAGGUUGUGCAAUAGCACAAAUUCCAAGAUGUGUCAGGAGGUGAGGCAAUACGACAAGGAGCGGAAUGAUGUCAUCCAAAGGAUUCAGAGUAAAAAAUGUGAGCUGAGUAAGCUCACGGAGAGGCUUGAGGAACUAAAGAAAAAUGCCAAGUUUGAUAAGGACCAGCUUGUUCAAUGGGAAGAGGCUUUGAGGCGGGGCCAGGAGGACAACCAGCUUAUUGAACGGUAUAUGAAAACUGAUAGCCAGAAGUUUAAGGAACUGGAAUUGAGGCGGCAGAAACUGCAGACACAGGUAGAAUGUUGCCGGCAAACCGUCGUCACUGCUGUCAAUGGUGUUUUUGAAAUGGAGAAUGUAAUGGACAGGACAGCCAGGCUGUACGGUGACGCCUUGAAGGAACGCCAGCAGCUCAUAAGUCAAUGGACACAAAGCGUACUCGUGCUCAAGCAGAGGGAUGAUGAAAUUCACAAGGCCUUGAGGGAAAUAGAUAAGCUACGGGAAGUGGCUAGAGAAAAAAUGGAGGUGCUGCAGGAGGCUGAGAAGUUUAUCGAGAACCAGGUCAAGAAUAACAAACUGCUCGAGGAACAAAUCAGACAGCUGGAGAAAAAACUCGUUGCAAUUAAAGACGAGCGAUUGAGGCUCUCCGAGAAUUUUAAUACGUAUACAACAGAGCUUCACAUGUACAAGAAAAUGCUGGCGCAUGCGGCGCAAAGGACACAGAGUGUGAGGGCGAAAAGAAAAAGGGCACAGACGGAAAUUGAGAACAGAAAUAGAAAAUUGGAGGAGUGGCGAAAGCAGAUACAAGAGCUGAAGGAGACUUAUGACGAAAUAGAUCAUCGGAGAACUAACAUAGCAGAGAGAACCAAGCAACUCGAGAAUAUGAUUGAGAAGGAGGAAAAAUUUCAAUCGCUCAUCAAUAAGGAAAUUAAUCGAAUCCAAGGAAUGAAUAUGCGGAGCACGAGUCAAAUAUCUGAGCUUGAGGGCGAGAUAAAAACAUUGGAGCUACAAAUUGAGAAUGAGAGGAAAAAAGUUGAAGUACUAGAGAUUUUGCAUGUCAAAGAGAGACGAAAAUUGAAAGAGAAAAUAGAUUCUGCCUAUCAUCGUGACUUUGAGAUACAAAAGGGUCGGAUGAAACUCGGACACCUCAGUGGAGCCGAGCAAGACGGAGCAGAGUUAGAAAAGAAAGAAAAAACGAUAGAGGAAUUGGGAAAAUGUUUGACUGAUAAAAAUGACCUGUUGAAGCUUCUUCAGUCUCAGAUUAAGACUCUGGAGCACGACAUGAAGAAAUUAUCGACUCACAUAGCUAAUGACGAAGCGCAGUUAAAACUGCUGAAGAACAAGAAGCAGGAUCAAGUGCUGCUUAUGGAGGGAGGUGAAAAACACUUAAAAGUAGCCAGAGCUCGAAACGAGGAGACCCAAGUGAACGAAAACAUACUUAGGUUAAGAAUUUACCAAGCGGAACGAACUGUAUCGAAUAUCAACAACAAAGUAUACAAUUUGGAGAAGUACAAACUUGAGAUACAAGCGACAAUGCAAGAGAGAGAAGCUGAAAUAAAAGCUCAGAAGGAAGCCCUUGCCGUGAGAAAAAAGACAGCCAGCACAGAGACGUUAGAAUUACGCAUGGCGAUCGCCGAGCGCAAGACGCGUAUACAACAGCUACAAACUAGGUACGACAAACUGAUGUCUUGCUUGGGGACGACAGCAGACGGGGAGCCCUUGACAACAACUUACAUAAAAAUUAAAAGCGCGCAAGAGAAGUAUGCCCUUCAAGAGCAGGGGGACAAACUUGACGAAUCGAUUAGAAAAACUGAAUGUGAGAUUCAGAGUAUGGAGAACACGUUAAGGAUUGUCAAUGCGUCCAAUGAUAAAUAUAAAAAAAGUUUGGGGCUAGUCGAAGAGCGAGGACCCGAGCAAAUGGAGCAGGAAAGAUUGGGCGAGGAAAUGUACAAUGAGAUGGAACGCUUCAGAUACAGAAGGGCACAACUGGUACAGGCUAAGGCCGACAUAGAGGUAAUGAAAGGUAGCUAUAAACAGCUAUUGGAAGACAUAGAGAAGGCAAAUGACAAAGAGACAUGUAAAAAGCGUUUUCUGGAAACCCUGAAGCAUCAGAUAAGUGAUCAACUGGAAAAGCAGUUGAGGGCUGACAAAAGCCUUCACAAAGUAUACAAGGACAUUCAAAACAAGAAACUCUGUGCCGAUGACAGUUUGAUCCUAAUGCAGGAGAAGGAUAUUGCAAUUCGUGAACUUGAAGAGCAGAACGGUCUGGCCCUGCAACACAUCACUGAGCUCACAGUUCGUCAUGCCGAGGCUGAGCCCUAUAUAAAGAAAUUACUGUCGGACAAAAAUAUGGUAUUGCCCUGUACCAACUAUCUCAAGCCAUCACCAACAUCUAGUCGAUGCCACAGCAGCGCCAGUUCCAUAUCGACUAAAAUGGCAACGAGGAAGAGCGAAAAUGUGUUUUCAACAUUGUGUCCAUCGACAGAGAGUUUGGGAUCCAUUGUCAAUAUACAGGCAAACUUUGAGGAUACAAGUUUACAUGGAAAAGCUAAGAGGUGCACAGACCCUAGUACACGGCCUAAGAAACCAAUCUCUCAGUGUAGCACUCAGUCCUCGUCGAGUGGUAAAUCCGGUCUAGCUAAAAAAAAAUGAACAAACGUUCAUUUUUAUAUAAUCAAAGGUAAAAAUUAUCGAUAUAUACACCGUGGAACUACAAACUUCUUAAAUGUAUUCUUAAAUUGAAAAUAAAUAAAUAAAUAUA